AUGAAGGCUUCGUUCAAGUCUAGAUAUGAGCCCGAUAAUGCCGCUGCUGCAGCUACCGUCGCCGCUAAUGCCGGCGACUUCAAGCUACGUGCCUCCAUGACCGAAGCAACUGUCAUCAAAGGCCCCAGCUUAAAUGGUUUGUCCUUGGCCCUCGAAAAACCAGGCUUCUUCAUCAUCGAUUAUAACGUCCCCAAAAAAGAUUUUAUGUUUCAAUUUAUGAAUACAAUAAGGGUAGCGGAUAAGCCAUUAAACAUGACUUACAUUCAUAGCAAGGGGGAUAACCGGACUGUAUUGGAUGGGACUUUGGUGCUUGAUUCGACUAACAGGGUCUCUGCAAACCAUGUGCUUGGCACGGAGAAUAGUAAGCUGAAGUACACUUAUAUUCAUGGAGGAUUGACAACUUUUGAGCCUAGCUACGAUUUGGGGAAGAAUGCGUGGGAUUUCAUGGUAUCGCGCAGAGUUUAUGGAGACGAUGUGUUCAAGGCUACAUAUCAGACCUCCAGCAGAGAUUUGGAGCUCGAGUGGUCACGGAGUUCCAAGUUGAAUGGGUCUUUUAAGAUUUCAGCGUCUCUCAAUCUUGCAUAUGAAAGGAAAAUGCCAAAAUUAAGUGCUGAGACUACAUGGGACUUUGAAAUGUGA